UCUUAAUUUCAGGCUAAGGACAGGUGCGCUUUGAAUAACUUUGCCUAGGUGGUAAUUGUGCGGCUCAUUCACUAUGGAUCCUUUGAAUGGAACUUUAAGUAACGACCAGAUCACUGGUCUCUCGACUGUGUACCUGGUAUCUCUGUCUUUAAGUUUGAUUGGGAGUUUUUCAGUGCUGGUUGUUUCCAUCGCAAGGAGGAGGCACUUACAAGAACAGGUGCAGCCCCUGGUCCAGCUGGCUCUAGCUGAUCUGUUGGCAGCAGCCACCCUGAUGUUCACCAACGUAAUGAAUGAGACUGACAGCUUCACCCACAGUGUGUUAAUCUGUAAACGCCUACUGCCUCUGUCACUGACGUUUUACUGUGUGUCGUUCCUGCUGGUGAUAGUGUAUGCUUGGGAGUCAAAGCAUGCCAUCGAGGGAUGGCGGGAGAGACCAAGAGAGGAAGAGUCCCAGUGUAGACGAAGGGUGGUGGUUUUGCCUGUAUAUACACUUGUAUGGUUUACGCCGUUGGUGAUGUACUUUGCGUACAUUAUGACUUUAGUCCUGACCACAGCGGACUUGGUACCAGCCAGCCACGGGACGGCAAACAACAGUGAAGUUAGCACAUACUGCACCAGCUGUAUCCUCUUCCUACAUAUCUGGAGGGACCACUGCUCAGAUAUAGAACAGAUCCAUGACAUGUUCAUGCGAUGCUUCCUCUUCUUCAGUGUGAUACUAGUGUUGGUGUGCUGCACGGUGGUUUACUACAAGGUGGGCAGCUUGUAUCGCAGUUACGAGGAGGGACUAUUUCCUGUGGAGGGAGACGCACGUUCCAGGAAACGACUGAGGGGUGUGUUCUCCACUGUUCGCUACAUGAUAGUGGUUAUCAUCUUCUGCUGGACACCAGCUCUUCUUCUAGUUGUCCUGUCUGUGAUGCCAGACAUACCUCAAGAGAAGCUCUUCCCCCUCUAUGUUAUACAGGCGGUGACGGUGUCGCUGCAGGGCUGUCUGAACAGCGUGGUCUACGCCUGGAGACGACCAAACUUCAGAGACGCUGUGCUUGGAGAGAGGAUGCCCCUGCUCAGCCAAGACGCCCCCCUGUCCUUCUUUGACGAAUCACUGAGGGGGCCGCCAGAGUGACGGAAGAGGAAGUGAGACAUUCUACUCGCUAUUUUUUUCUGGUUCAUAUACAGUCAAUAAACUAAGCAGACCAGACCCAGCAUUGGUGCCUAUGGGAGAGCCACCCCCUUAAGCAGACUGAAACUGACCAUUUUUGUUCAAUGGUAAUCAGCCUGACUGGGACAUCUCAUCUAUUUACAAUUUUUGGUGCCGCCCUUGACGCCUGACCUCUAACCCCUGACCCCUGACUCGAGAGACGCUGCUGGGCUGCUGGUGGAAUUCUCCCUCUGGCCCAGAUCUAGAAGUUUACCCUGCUCAAAUACUAACCUUCACCAUUGAGGGAAGCGAUGCAACACUGGCCUUAGAUCAGUUUCUAGGGAUAACUUCAUUCCUCUACUCCCACUGGGAUGGUUUUCCGGAGCCAAGACAAUGGAGUUGACUAUGUACUUAUUUGAGUGUUAUUUAUUCUGAAAAUAAUCUUCAAUGCUUUCAUAUUCCUUUUUUAGUACCAUGGUAUUUCUGUAAGAUGGGUUGAUGAGGUGAUUAUUAUGAUGAGUUGUAGAGCCAGAUGGGCCGGAGAAUAGUAGGAGUCAACAUGACAUGACAAUGAUCAUCGUUUGAUUGAUUAAUUGGUUGAUAUGGUUUACAAAGCACAUCCUUAAGGCGUGGGGGAUGGGCCCCUUUCCAACUUUCCAAUAGAUAGCUAGAGCAAGUAUGGCAGGAAUUGUGUAGAACUUAGCAAACAAUAUAACAAGCAAGCAUAGCAAGCUAUCAUUUGUACACAUUCACAGUCUUUUGUAUCAGGUUGUAAGUCACUCUGGACAAGAGCGUCUAACAAACGACUAAAAUGUCAAUGUAAAUAUAGUAUCACCCUGAACAAAUUGUAGAAAGAUCAGGGGUAUGUUUUUUAUUCUAUCAUUUGACAUCAAUGUUCCCUUAAUUUUGGGGGGGCAUUUAGCAAACUUGAACGUUGUGAAAAUUCUGUGCAACUUCCAGUG